CUUCACCUCCACAUAACUCAUCUCAACCAUCCACACUCUCUCCCACCUAAAUCCAACGGUACUUCCUCUCUAUAUAAUCUCUGCUUCCCAUCCCUGAAACCAAACACGGCAGAGAGGUAAGGUUCAAUCCAGAAUUCCAAAUGGGUUCAUUCUCACUUCAAACUGUACUGAUUUCUACUGGUGUUUUGUUCAUGGCUUUGUUUCUCAAAGCCUCUGUUCCAUUGAUGGUAGAUUUCUCUGUUUAUCAAGCUCCUCUUUUAUGGAGCUCCUUCGCUUCAUGGCUUAAACCUCCUUAUCUUUACGUUAUUGUCAACUGCAUCAUUAUAACCAUCGUUGCCUUCUCUCGCUUCCACCAUACCCAUGGUGCUGAUAAUGAACAGCAGGAGCAAAUACGAUCUGUUUCGAAAAUCUCGGUUCGUGAGCCGGAUCAGUUCUCGGCUGCUGAGUUUCGCUCUGAUUACGGGUCGACGGUGGUGGUGGCGGAGGAUGUAUAUGAGAAAGGAGAGGAGAAGGCUGGUGCUGGUGCUUGUGCAGCUCUUUUUUUUGAGGAUAAGAGUACUGUGUUGGUGAACGGUUCGGUGGAGGUUGAGGAUAAAGAGGAUGAAGAUGACUAUGUAAUCUCGAAGUCCACGUGGAUUCCUCCGAAGCGCAUGGAUUCGUCGGAGAAUCUGAUGGAGCUUCUUCUACCGGCUGAGAAACCUCUGGUUUCUGCUCGGUUUGGUAACCGGAAACCGGUCAGAGCUAGUCCUGAAGGAGGAAAAGCGUUGAGAGUUGCAAAGCCGAAACGGCAGGAGACGCUGGAGAACACGUGGAAAAUGAUAACGGAGGGCCGAGCAAUGCCGUUAACAAGGCACUUGAAGAAAUGCGAGACGUUUGAGAAUCACGGCCGUCAAGUCAACGUUUGUGAAGUGAACCCUUCUGCUCUACCUCUUAAAUCAGAGACGUUCAAAGACAGGACCAAUUACCAACUGCCACCUGUGGGUAACUCUCCUGUGUCAGGGAAGCUGAGAAAAGAUCCGUCGCUGAGUCAGGACGAGCUGAACCGGCGAGUGGAGGCGUUUAUUAAGAAGUUCAAUGAGGAGAUGAGAUUGCAGAGACAAGAAUCAUUGAAUCAGUACAAAGAAAUGAUUGCUCGUGGAAGCCAGUAAUUAUAAUUACUUCAUAAUAUAGUUUUUUUUUU